AUAUGCUAACACGGUUACAACACGAAUAAGAACAACACCGCUUCCAAGUUUAAUUUCAAUCCUAAUUUGUGUCUAUCUUUGUGAAUUGAGAAUCUUCUAGACUCACCUUCAAACCUUCCAGAUUAUUUCUUCCCAUUAACAAAUCCAUCAUAUCAUACAUAUAGAAAACUUCAAUAAAACAGUGAUAUAUUAACUCGUUACAUAAAGGAAUACUUCAAAUAAAUCAAACAAAACUUGACGAUCAAAUUCAAAUAUCAUUAUGUGUUUGGUGUUUAUUGUAGACGAAGACGAGAAGGUGAUCGGGCGGUACGCAGCAGGCGGCGCGUGCCCCUACUGCGGUGGUCAAGUCCAGGCUUUAGAUGUUGAAAAAGCAUGGCGUUUAUGGUACGUCCCUUUGUACACCCGUACCAAACGCAAGUUUCUUUGCUCUUUUUGUAAUCGCCCUUUGAUCAUUCAAUAUCCAUAAUUAUUGUUCAUGUUUGUAUUAAAUUAUUGUAAUUGUUCGAAAUAUUUAUAUUACAAAGUACUCCGUAUAUGAAUAAUAAUGAUUAUGUAAUUAUGUAAGGUUUUUUUUGUGUUUGUAAAUUGAUGAAGUGUUUUUAAAUGUAGCCGAUAUUCAUUUUUAUGGAGGAAUAUUGUUGAUGUUUCGUGUUUGUAAACAAGUGUGAUCAUAAGCAUUAUAAUAGUGUAAAAAUAAUAAAAUGUCCGCUCUUUUUUUUCA